CGGAGGCAACGCACGUAUUAAUGACGAAUCGCACUCCCAGGUCCGUAUACAGGUCACCUAUGUGGGGAAUGCGGUUUCCCGUUGUCGCCGAGACAUUCGCCGGGCAUGGACUCAUUUCACGCGCAGUAUAAAAGAGGAUGCUGGGACGCGAGUGAGGUACAGGACAUCUUGAAUCGUCAUGUCUACUGCUAUCCUUCCAGCUCCCGUCGCAAGUUCGUUGCUCACGUACGAUCUUGGGCAACAGUCUCAGAGCGAGAACGGGCGAAGCUCGACUGCGCCGCUCUCAUAUCCUCAGUCCGAAUUUUCCUUCGAGCCAAGCCCUCCAGAACCAAUACUGUACCUCCCACCCAUUUUGUCUCUACUGCCCUUCGAGUACAGGCAACCUCUAGUGCCUCCCACAGAGGGUCUCAGCCGUGGGCUGUACUCCCCGCUUUCCACGGAAUCGCACCUACCGACAAUCGACGAAGCCUCUCUUGCGCUCCACUAUGCCUUACAUCGGUUCCGUGCAGUGACCCCGGACUACGCCACGGUUCCAUAUGCGGAGGCCUUCAAUUGGGAUGAGAUUGACCUUCCGGAGGAUGCCGAGCAUGAAUGGUACUGCGUCGUCUUCAACAGCAAACGCCGUGUAGGAAGCGACGGUUCCGGCCUGUACUCCGCUGACCGACUAGCGCACGAAGAAGCCGUGCAGAACGGAGGGCUUAUAAUGUACUGGUACGGCACGCCGCAUCCGGAGACCAGGAUGAACCUCGCUACCUGCAUCUGGCAAUCCCGAAAGGAUGCGAUAGCUGCGAAUUCUCGACCUCAUCACAUACGCGCCAUGCGUCUCGCUGCCGCUUCGUACGACCAUUACACCUUGAAACGUUACUGGCUGCGCAAGGUCAAGGGCGAGCGUGGCGUCAUGGUCAAACCAUUCGAAGUGACGGACACGUAAUGAGAUGUACCUCGUCAGCAGGCUCCAGUACUGCUCGGUUGAUAUCAUUGAUGAAGAUACCCUCUGCUGCCUACGCAGCUACAGCGACCGCCGUUGGACCGAGUCAAAGGCGCCUUGGAGCGCCUUCAUGCACGAUCAAGGAGCGACACCUCCGACAGAAUUGCCUCAGAAGGGCCGGUCUGCACAGUGAGACGAAGUUUUCAGUUGGUCACGGACACCAUAGCGGAGUUAUGUCAGUAUGUGUACUAGUCUACGAGCAUAGCCGAGCCUAUGUAAUGGGAUAUGG